CGCCUCUGGCUUUUUCCAGGUCACACUCACCAAGAAGCACGCAAUUUCCUAUCCGCAUGUUCAUGCAGAUUGCCGCGCCGGAGUACGGCAGUGUGCACGCGUCUGGCGGAUCGAUGGCGUCCGCCCACUGGAGCGCUGACGACCAGGCAUUGCUGGACAUUCUGCUCAUGACGGAGCCCGACGGACUCAAAGACGCGGACAUGCAGGACGCUUUUGAGCCUUUAGCAGCUCCACAGACACCACCGCAGACAAAGCAGGAAGUGUUGCCGGCUUCUCCCGUUGUGGUCCAAGCCAAGAAAACGACAGCCAAAGACUCGCCCAAGGGCAAACUCUCAGCCAUGGAGCGCCGCGCCAGACACCGCGAGGUGGUCAAGCGCGCCUACCACCGCAACAAGGCGGCGCUCAACAGCUUGAGGGACACAGUAAAGGAGCUUGAGGAGCAGCUCGAGAGGCUGUCGCUGUCUAAACAGAAGCAGGGCCAAAACCCCACCGUCAAAAGCAAGGCUACUGACGAAAUCCAGCGACGAUAUGCCCUGCUGACAAAUGAGCAGGAGGAACUGGGCAACGAGGCAGCCCGACUACGACUGCUGCUCAACUACAGACAACAAUUCGCCACCAAUAUGGUGGCUCUUGCCCAGCGAGCAGCCUCCAUCUCGUCGGACGACUCGGACCACUCAGACACAGAUUCAGACACAGCCACAGCGUCCUCAACAGCCUCAUUAUUCGUGACGUCCCCUUCAUCGUCGCCCAUGUGUUUCGAUGCAGACUCGCCGCUGGCGAUACACGGGAACGGGUGCGACGUAUCGCCGCUGAACACUACACAGAAGACCAAGACGCCGUUCUACAACGAGCCACGUCCAACACUCGUGGGCCCGACCAUUACAGGGAAGACGCCGUUGGCAGUGGCAAUGCGGAAGCAGCUGGGCUACAAGCCGUUGAGCUUCAGCGAGUCGUCGACACUCGUGAACGAGAUGUACCGCUGCAUUCUGUCGUUCUCGUUGAAUGGUAAGGCCAUCAGUACAGGAGCCAGCAUAAUGGGCUGGGAAGACAAGCGGUUGCUGGAUGGAACGAGCCUCAAGUUCUCGUUACGCAAGCAAUUCCCUGGACAGAAUGCGCUGCAAUUAAUGGCCAGUACCUGGCAGUGUUUCUCGGACCCGGAGUGCACAGAGACCAAGUUCCGCGGCCUCAUGACGCUGCGCAUCCUGCAGCGCGUGAACGAUGACACGAUCGUGGCUAUGCGUGAGUCCAGGAGCGAGGAUGGCACAAAGCUUUACCGUUGCGUGUAUUUAUUGUUCCGCGUGCGAACUCGGAAGGGUUUCCUCAUUUGUGUGCAGUCGGUGGCACCCGAACGCCUCACUGACCCGGUGUUGAGCUCCAUUAGCCGAGAUGGCAAGCCCGUUCAGUGGACGGGGUUGUCAGGCUGGUUCGUCUUUGAGCCUACCGUUGAUGGGGAGGGAGCACAGGUCGAGUACGGUGGCUGUAUGGACUAUGGUGACCACGAGUCGAUCGCCACACUGGCCAUGAACACGCUGUCCAUUGUAUUCAAGUGGGAAAGCAUGAUGGUCGGCCCCAUCUUCACCCUGCCACCGUCAUGGUAAUCAGCAGGCUGCUUCAUUUAACUUAGCCCAGCCCAGAUCAACACAGCGUAACAGAAGGCGACGUGAGUGUACAGUCAAGUCAAGUGUGAUUGCAAUGCUGAUGCUGAUCAGAAGUUGCGAGGUUUGUGCUGGAUUCCAUGUGUAUUAUUUGCUAUAUAAUCAAUUGACCCCACCCGCCUGCGUGUCGUACGUGCUCAGCACGGGGGUGAGGUGUGGCCUGCAAACAAAUCCCAGUGUGUCCAGUGUUUACUACUGUGAUGAUUCACAGGUCGUGAGUAAACAAGCGACAAUGCUCAGUCGUAACGUGAGUUACUGCUGGAGCCUGGACGUCGAGCGAUGCCCAGCGACGUUAGAAUGACGUCGGUGGCAGCAGCUUGACUUGCCAGGAGACGUUUGACCUCCUCAAGCUCCUUGGCCGCAGACUGUUCGACGGCCACUAACCGCUCCUCGAAGGCCUGCGUAGCUGUUGCAAAUCGCUCAGCCACACGCACAGCUUCCUGCUGCGCUUGCUCUCGGAGUGCCAGUUCCCGUCGCUGAGCGUCAAUGAUGGAGAUCAGUGUCGCUCGCUCACUGCAAAGGUCAACACAUAAAUGUCAACCGUUUGUUCCUAUCGACCUGGCAGCUAAAAUCGAACGUACCUUUCCCACGCUUCCUCGUCCUUAGUCGAUGUAGCAGCAGCACCAGUCGCAGGGGGAGAUUUGAUGGAUCCUCGUGGAGUCUGAGUCUUCGUCUUGCGUUUGCCUCCUUUAUUGUUCGACUGCUUUGCUGAGCGUUCAUCUACUUCUGGCGACUCGAUGGUGCUUUGUCGUGGUUUCUACCAAAAUCUACAAUGUCAGCAGCACUAAACCAAACAAACUUCUGUCACCAUCUUACCCAGUUCGUCGAGCUGAGUGUAAACGGCUCCACUGUUGUAACCUUAGUGAAAUCCUUAACCUGCUGCACUCCGUUUAGUCUGCACUGAAUACAAAAUGCAUUAGCCAGG